AAAAUGGGUGUACUCGAAAACCUAUGGGACGACGUUGUUGCUGGUCCUCGACCUGAAGCCGGUGGCCGUGGCCAUCUCCGGCGAAUCUCCACCGGGUUAACUAGCCUUAACAAUACCACAGAAAAUGUGGCCGGAUCGGUAUCUCUUCCGGCGAGUCCGGCUACGCCGGUGACACCAGGAUCCGGUCGGAAAACUGAUGUGUGGAGGAGUGUGUUUCAUCCGGCAAGUAAUGUGACCACAAGGGAGAUUGGUGCUAAUGUCUUUGACAAACCCUCUCAUCCUAAUUCUCCCACGGUUUAUGACUGGAUGUACAGCAACGAGAGCAGGAGCAAGCACCGUUGAAGCGUAACGUUAUCAACGAACCGUCAAAUUAAUAAUAAAUCAAGACUUCAUAUAGAAUGAAGUCGUCAGUUUUGAAAAUUCAAGAUGAUUAAUAUAUAACCAAUCGAGUUUGCCGUAUAAUUUAUGUUUUAAUAAAUAAAGGCACUUGAGUUUCUCAGUUGCCUUUUUAUCUCUUUUUUAUUUUAUUUUUCAACAUGUAAAUCAAAGUCACAUUAAGUGACUUCCCAAUCUUGUUUUUAAUAUUUUUUGCAAAGGUUUCAAAGACCAAAGGGGUUUCUUUGU